AUGAGGAGAAAACAGGAAGUACAUUGUGCUGUGGGAAUAGACCUUGGCACAACUUAUUCAUGUGUUGCAGUAUGGCAAGAACAACAUCAUCGAGUUGAGAUCAUUCACAAUGAUCAAGGCAAUAAAAUUACACCUUCUUUUGUUGCAUUCACAGAAAAUCAGAGAUUGAUCGGUGAUGCUGCUAAGAACCAAGCUUCUGCCAACCCUCAAAACACCGUCUUUGAUGCUAAGAGGUUACUUGGUAGGAAAUUUAGUGAUCCUAUUGUUCAAGAUGAUAUUCUUUUAUGGCCAUUCAAAGUCAUUGCUGGUGACAAUGACAGACCCAUGAUUAUGGUUAAGUACAAGGAUCAAGAAAAGCAACUAUAUGCCGAAGAAGUAUCAUCUAUGGUACUCACCAAGAUGCGAGAAAUUGCUGAGAAUUAUUUAGAAUCACCGGUUAAGAAUGCAGUUGUUACUGUGCCAGCUUAUUUUAAUGAUUCUCAAAGAAAAGCAACUAUUGAUGCCGGUGUUAUUGCUGGCCUCAAUGUUAUGAGAGUAAUGAAUGAGCCCACUGCCGCAGCAAUUGCAUAUGGCCUUGACAAGAGAACUGGUUGUAUUGGAGAAAGGAAUAUUUUAGUGUUUGAUCUCGGUGGUGGCACGUUUGAUGUUUCUAUACUAACUAUUAAGGACAGCGUCUUCCAAGUUAAGGCCACCGCCGGAAACACUCACCUCGGUGGAGAAGACUUUGAUAACCGAAUGGUGAACUACUUUGUACAAGAGUUCAAGAGAAAGAACAAAGUGGAUAUUAGUGGAAAUUCAAGAGCCUUGACGAGGUUGAGAACGGCUUGUGAGAGGGCAAAAAGGUCACUUUCUUUCCUCCUUACCGCCACUAUUGAAGUAGAUUCUUUAUUUCAAGGCAUUGACUUUUCUUCAUCAAUCAAUAGAGCCAAGUUUGAGGAAAUGAAUAUGGACCUUUUUAAUGAGUGUAUGAAGAUUUUUGAAAGUUGUCUAAUGGAUGCCGAGAUGGACAAGAGCAUGAUAGAUGAUGUUGUCCUUGUUGGUGGAUCUUCUAGGAUUCCUAAAGUACAGCAGCUAUUACAGGAGUUUUUCAAUGGGAAGGAGUUGUGCAAAAGCAUUAAUCCUGAUGAGGCCGUGGCUUAUGGGGCAGCAGUUCAGGCUGCAUUGUUGAGCGAAGGCGUUGAGAACGUUCCAAAAUUGGUGCUGCAGGAUGUUACACCUUUGUCUCUUGGCAGAUCAAUAGUUGGAGAUAUAAUGAGUGUGGUUAUUCCAAGGAACACUUGCAUUCCUGUCAAAAAUACACGAGAAUAUUUUACCCUUGAAGAUAACCAAUCGUAUUCCUUGAUUGAGAUUUAUGAGGGUGAGAGAACAAGAGCCAGUGACAACAAUUUUCUUGGUUCUUUUACUCUAUCUGGUCACACCCCAGCUCCUCGUGGUCACACUUACGAUGUUUGUUUUUCUAUAGAUGAAAAUGGUAUUUUGACAGUUUCUGCCACGGAAAGUUCCACCGGCAAAACGAGUGAAAUUACAAUAACCAAUCACAGAGAUAGAUUGUCAAGUGAGGAAAUUAAAAAAUUGGUUCAAGAAGCUGAGAAUUACCAACUUGAAGACAAGAAAUUCCUAAGGAAUGCCGCAGCGCUGAAUGCAUUGGAUGACUACAUUUGCAAAAUGAGAAAUGCUUUAAUGAAAAAGGAUAUUAAUCUAAAGCUCUCCUGUCAAGAAAUUGAGAUUAUCAAAUCUACAAUUGCUGUGAUUACAAAUUUGGUUGAUGAGAAUAACCAAGAGGUGGAAAUAGAUGUUCUGGAGGACCAUCUAAAGGGACUUCAGAUUACCAUGGAAGACAUUUUACCAAAGGCUAUUUAG